AUGCAUGAGGAUUUAGUGUUGAGAGUGAAGAGUAUUGCAAAAAAAAGCCCAGCCAUUGGAUUGGAGGAGAGUAGGCGAUCGGAGCGCCCAGACGACAACAGUUGUCUUCUAGUUGUUGGUGGAGCGCACGCUGACAUCAUCCCCCCCCUCGAGCUCGAACUCGGACAAGAGCUACCUUUGUGCCAGCCCAUCUUCGUGGAUUCUGCCUCUAGCCUGGGCAAAAGUGGCCCACUGGAACUGGCUUUUUGGCUUGGGCUCCGCCCAGCCCGGGCUUGGGCUCCUCAGUGGAGUUGCUCUAAAGCCCGUAGUCCAAGAACACAAGUCAAUUCCAACUCUGAAGGUUGCGACAAGCAGCUGAAGGAAGCAUGA